AUGCCUGCAACUAGGUCAUCUGAUGUUACUUUCAAAGUUGGUCCCCCCACUGGUGCCUGGAGAUCAAAGAAAGUCAAUCCUACCAUCAUUUUGCCCACCAAAGCCCAACCUUCAUGUGGUGCAAAGGCCCAUCACCAGGUAGUCAAAUGGGAUGGUGAGGAGUGCCUGAACAGCAAAUCCAGCUCUGUAGCUCAACAUCCCCUUCUCCAGCCAUGCUCAAGUUGCAAUUCUUCACAAGGGUUGACAGAGAAAGAAUGCAAGGAUCAGUACCUUGACUCCUUCUGGACAAAACAGGUUGCACUCCAGAAUGAUAUAGUUGCUGAGCAGGGUCAUGAAAAGUCUGUUACCCCCAAUGACAGUGAAGAGGAUGAACAAGCUGUUGAGAGUAUGGUGCAAGCUGAAGGUGAUCUGGUCUCAGAGAACCUGGUGGAUGAUGAUGGUUGCCAAGCUGUUGAAAAUAUGAUGGAUGUCAUGAUGAUGUUGAGCAUGAAAACAGUGAUUGAAGAAGAAGAAGAAGAAGAAGAAGAAGGAGCUGCUGAUACAAAAGGUGACACUGACAGCUCUGUGACCAGGAGGCAUAGGGAAGCCAAAGGGAAAUCUCAUGCCCUAGCCAACACAUCCUCUGAAGAUGAGGAUGGACCUAGUGACACUGGAGACCUCCCUGAUGGCUUGGAGAUGACUGGGAUGCAGGGAAACCCAAAGGAUGACAUUGCACAGGCACUUGGCAUGCACACCACUCAAGAAGCCCAGGCAAUUGCAGAUGAAUAUGGCAAGACUCUUGGGUUAAUCAUGGCUGCUGCUGGUCUUACCACAGAGGCAACCCAUGCCGAAUUUGUAUGGAACAUGCAUCAGGCUUGGUGUCACACCAAGAACUAUGAGGACCAUAAAGAUGAGGAAGAACAUCCUCAACUGUGGGCUGAGAUCUGGAAGCAUUGGAGUGAGUGUGUCAGCAGGUCCAAAGACAUCAGUUCCAAGGCAAUGGAACAAAAUUGGUGCAAUGUGGAGGGCAUACAUGUCUUUGGAUGUGUAAUUUAUAGUGGGAGUGAUGAAGCUGCAUGCCAAUCCCAAGGAAUUUUUGCUGGAUCCUCCCUUCUCAUGCAGCUUAAUACCUGUCCACAAUUAUCAAGUAUGUAUAACAUAUGCCAUGUACAAUUGCCCACUGAUUUUUCUGUGCCUCUUCCUGACUUUAAUGUGCUGUCACAACCCCAUUAUGACCAUGCACUGGGAUUAAAACCUCAAGAAUACAGGCAUGAUUGCAAUUAUGCUGCCACAGAAGAGAAUGGUAUCACAGAAGGCCAGAGAAAUGUUUCUUGGAAGUCAUUGCUUGAUCUGCUGUAUGUUCACCAGUAUACCAUCACUGAUUGGCCUGCUGGAGUCCCUGCUGUUGGGCUGGAUUUCAAUGUCAAACACCUCAAUGCUGAUGAACUUCAUGCUCUGACUGUUCCAUUCCUGAAAGAGUCAAUGGGUGCAGAUUACCUUGCUGAGGCUCCACUAGAUGAUGCAUUUGUUAAGGCCCUCCCCAAAGGUGACAAGUUUAAGGAGAGAAGUGCCCCUUCAUCUUUCCCUGACCAACCUGUGUGA